AUGGAGAUAGAGGUAAAGGACGAUGACAUGGAGGCUGACAUUCAUUCUACUACUAUUGACUCUAGAAUAUCGAGUUGUACACCACAACUGAGCCGUACAGGAGCUAGCACCUCACAUGCACCACCACCUAGGACUCCGCAGCCAGCUUCACUUGACCAGUGGACUGCUAUCAUGACUGCAUUAG